AUGAUUAUUAUCGGAACGUGUGCUAUUUUAUUGGCCAUUUUCAUUCCCGUUGGUAUUGUGAAUAGUAUGCCACCUGAAUAUUGUUACUCGACUGAGAAUUUGAAAGCAUUUCAAUCGGGAGAUGUGUUGGUCAUGACUCGAGGAGAGGAUUACAAGAUGACAGUUUCAUUGACCAAUUCGACCAAUGCAAAUGUCACAACAAAAGUAGCCCGAUUGAAAUAUAGAUCUUGGGCUACACCUGGAAGUGUGGAUUUAAUGAAUAUGGAUGAAAAAGGAAGUGCUGUUUUGAGAAAUUCUGCCAGUUUGCUUUCAGAUUAUACGUAUGAAUUGUGGGAAUGCAUCAUGUCAGAUCCUUCUAAUUUAGUCAAGUUUGGACGAGUCGUUUUUGAUUACAGAAAUAAUCAAUAUGUAUUUUAUAAUGCAGCUGGAGCUCAAGUCGCGAGAAUGACCUAUAGUUCAGCUUCAUCAUCUCUGGAUGAACGAAUUUAUCAAUUAUUUAAUUCGAAUGGAGAUAAAUUUGCGACCAUUAUAAGGCCCUCUAUAUCAGUGUUUCAACGAACUGUGGAUUACACAUGUACUUUUCAUUUAACCACGAAUGUGAAUAUGAUUGAUUUUAGAGGAGUGAUUUUAAUGAUUGGUAGCAUUUCAUUAAAGUAA